CUACUGUGUCUAUUUCUAAUGGAAAUAGCAACACAAAUUCUUGGUCAAGGUGUGUUCAUCAAUCCAGUCAAUAUUAAUGGCUCAGUGAAGGUAGAAUUUGUCGAGUUUGAACAGCCAUUGGAUUUUGACAUCCAUGACGAGUCCAUGUUUGCUACCUCAGAUCCUAGGUUUGAGUUUCCCCUGACAGAGGCAGAUGUCACAUGGCUGAACUCUCUGUUCACGCUGCCAGAGCAAGGCGAGACAAGAGUGAGGAAGGAAUAUCGUCUUCUGACUGAGGAGGAGAGGAAUAACUUCCAUACUGCCAUAAAUAUGCUGAAGAAUGACUCUACGGUGAGCCUGAAUAAGUAUGACCUGCUGGCCAAUAUUCAUUCCAGAUCCUCCAGUAACACAGCCGCUCAUGGAGGACCUGGAUUCCUAGGCUGGCACAGGGUCUUCCUAUUAUUAUUUGAGAAUGCCUUGAGACAGAAGAUUCGAACAGUAACUUUACCUUACUGGGACUGCACCUUAGAUCAGCCCCUCCCCCACCCGUCACAGUCUGUGAUUUGGUCCCACUUAUUUCUUGGUAAUGGAAAUGGACAAGUUAAAACUGGACCCUUCAGAAACUGGGACACUCAGUUUGGUUUUGGCCUGCUACAUCGUCAAGUGUCUUCCCUCAGGCAUCUCAUGAGUGCUAAUGAUCUGAAAAACAUCCUAGAGGAAGAGUACCUUGGAAAUAUCAGUUAUCCUGACACAAAGUCAAGCAAAAAUCUUGAACAGCUACAUAAUAAUGUUCAUGUUUGGGUUGGUGGACUGAUGAGGAAGAUAGAAAUAGGUGCAUUUGAUCCAGUUUUCUAUGUCCUUCAUAGCUUUGUUGACAAAGUGUGGGAAGAUUUUCGAAUACACCAGAGGUCAAAGGGCAUUGACCCCACAAAAGAUUACCCAGAAUUCUAUGGUAGGAGGAACCAUGCCCCAUUUGCUCCAAUGGGAUUAGGAAACAUUAUGGUGAUUGAUGGAAUUAGCAACAUUUGGAAUGAAAAUAUUAUGCAUCUUCAACCUUCAUGUGGAAAUAAUUCUACAAAUGCAUGUGGAUCUAAGUUUUUGAAGUGUGGCCUUUCAAUUGAGAGAUGUGUAUCUAAAACAAUAGAUGAAAUGCUGGAAUAUAAAGACAUUGAUAAAAUCAAAGAUUCAGUUGAGGCUAAACCAGAAACAAAAUUCAUCAGCUCUUCUACAUUUAAAUCAAAUAAUCUUUACAGACAAACCUUUUUACAGAGCAAUCAUCUCAGCCAAAUCUAUGAUAAUUUCUCUCUAUACAAUGAUGGAAAUCAAAUGGAUUUGUAUAGUGAUACCUUAUAUCUGCAUUUAUUCCCAGACAUAGAACACAGUGCUAUUCAAAAAGCCAAAGAAAUAUACACACAACAUUUGAAAUCAACUUGA